GCUAGGACCUGCGCGGCGCGGCGAGACCGUCCGGCCGCCUCCGCGGCGGGGCGGGCGCAGCGCGAAGGGAGCGGUGGGAGCGCGGCCGGUCCCGCCGGCGGCGGAGGGGAGCGGCGCUGAGUCAGCCCCGGGGCGGCAUGGAGCCCUUCCCGCCGCCCACGGAGCAGGACGAGGAGGAGGCGGAGGACUGGCUGCGCCCGCAGCCGGCCGGCGGGGCCGGCCCGUCAGGUCCCAGCAAGCCCGCGUUGGCAAGAAGCGCAGCGCACAGGGUGAUCGUGCACAUGGACCUGGACUGCUUUUACGCACAAGUAGAAAUGAUCCGGAAUCCUGAAUUAAGAGACAAGCCUCUAGGUGUGCAGCAGAAAAACCUCGUGGUUACCUCGAACUACGAAGCUAGAAAACUCGGAGUACAGAAACUGAUGUUUGUGAAGGAUGCUAAAGAGAAGUGUCCUCAGCUGGUGCUGGUUAACGGGGAGGAUCUCACUGCGUACAGGGAGAUGUCGUACAAGGUUACAGAGCUGCUGGGGGAAUUCUGUCCGCUGGUGGAACGGCUUGGGCUCGAUGAAAACUUUGUGGACGUCACAGAGAUGGUCGAGGAAAGAUUAAAGCAGCUCCAGCAAAGCGCAUGUUCCAGAGUCUGUGUGUCCGGCCACGUGUACAACAACCAAGCUAUUAAUUUGGACGAUACAAGGCAUGUAAGACUAAUUCUUGGCUCUCAGAUCGCAGAGGAGUUGAGGGAAGCCGUAUACACGAGGUUGGGCCUCACGGGCUGUGCAGGAGUGGCCGCCAACAAAUUACUGUCUAAAUUAGUGUCCGGGACCUUCAAACCCAAUCAACAAACGGUUCUUCUGCCCGAGAGCCGCCCAGAUCUAAUUCGCAGCCUCGACCGCAUCCAAAAAGUGCCUGGCAUUGGUGCCAAAACGGCCAGACGUCUGGAGGCGCUGGGGAUUAGAAACGUGUGCGAUGUGCGAGCGUUUCCGUCGGCGGCGCUGGAGGCGGAGCUGGGCGCUGCUCUCGCUCAGCGCAUCCAGAAGCUCAGCUGCGGAGAGGACGAGUCGCCCGUGACCCCGUGGGGCCCUCCACAGUCCUUUAGUGAUGAAGAUUCCUUUAAAAAAUGUUCAUCAGAAGUGGAAGUGAAAGAGAAAAUUGAAGAGCUGCUUCAUAAUCUAUUAGACAGAAUCCACAAAGACGGAAGACAACCACACACCGUGAGACUGACCAUUCGCCAGUUCUCCUCAACGGAUAAAUGGUUUAAUCGGGAAAGUCGCCAGUGUCCCAUUCCACCUCAUCUCAUCCAGAAAUUUGGAAAAGAAAGCAGCGACAUUCUGUCCCCGUUGGUUGAUAUACUACUGAAACUCUUUCGCAAGAUGAUAGAUGUACAUCUGCCGUUCCACCUCACCCUUCUGAGUGUCUGCUUCUCCAACCUCAAAGAUCUUCCUUGCGGCAAGAAAGGAUCAAUCGGUUUCUAUCUAAAGCAGAUGUCACCACCAGCAGGCUCCGGUAAACGUGCCCGGGAAGUGGAAGAUGUCUCACAAGAGGAGGGAAACACUUCUUGGAACCAGAACUACAACAGAACUAGAACUACCAAAAGUAGGAAACUUCCGGAGGAAAAGCAAAGGCAGCUCAAAGAAGCGGGAAUUCCUCCCUGCCCAUUUCAUUUGCCUCCCGGUGAUAUUGACCCACAAGUCUUCAGGGAACUUCCAGAAGAUAUUCAACGAGAAAUGAUUCUGGAAAAACCAGAAGCGAUGGCCAGUUGUUCUUCCAAGUGUCCCACAAGUGCGCUGGAGAAACAGGUGUUGGAGGAGAAAACUUCCCGGCAAGCAGGAAUUGUAUUUCCCCCUCAUGUUGACACAAAGACAUUUUACGAACUACCUGCAGAUGUGCAGGAAGAACUAAUCGCCGAAUGGAGAAAUCAGAGACCUGUGUCCAAAACUAUGGAUAAACCCCCUGAAAAGCCCAAAGCAAGUAAAGGAAGAAGGAACGCAGCCCCGUGUUUAUCACAGUCUAACAGUUUGCUAAGAUAUUUUAAGCCACAGUGAAAGGUUUUUCAUCAUAGCGACGCUGUAAGAAUCAGCACUCGAAGGCACUUUAGUUCUGAAAGUUUACUGUGAAUUGGAAAGGUGUGAAUAUUAAAAAUAAAUCUUGACAACUUUUGACAUAAAA